CACACAUUCACUCAAACAAACACUAAAAACCACAGAGUAUAUCAACUCAAGAUCUACAAAAAUGAGAACGAAUCUUCUUUUCUUGUUCAUCUCUCUCUUAAUCUUGAAAUCUGAAUCCCUAAACUGCAAUGAAAAUAAUCCACAAGGCCAUCCCUCAGAUCUAAGAGUGUUCCACGUUAACAGUCCUUGCUCUCCAUUCAAACAACCAAACACUGUCUCAUGGGAAAGCACACUUCUUAAAGACAAGGCUCGUCUCCAGUACUUGUCCAGCCUUGCCAAGAAACCUUCGGUCCCAAUCGCCUCGGGACGCGCCAUCGUUCAGAGCCCGACUUACAUCGUGAGGGCUAACAUUGGGACACCGGCUCAGCCCAUGCUCGUGGCUCUUGACACUAGCAACGACGCUGCUUGGGUUCCUUGUUCUGGCUGUGUUGGAUGUGCUUCCUCUGUUCUCUUUGACCCUUCCAAGUCUAGCUCUUCUCGCAAUCUUCAAUGCGAUGCUCCUCAGUGUAAACAGGCUCCAAAUCCAACGUGCACCGCAGGCAAAUCAUGUGGUUUCAACAUGACCUACGGUGGUUCAACCAUCGAAGCAUCUCUGACGCAAGACACACUAACAUUAGCCAAUGACGUCAUCAAAAGCUACACCUUUGGGUGCAUUAGCAAGGCCACUGGAACAUCGUUGCCAGCGCAAGGGCUCAUGGGCUUAGGUCGUGGUCCAUUGUCUUUAAUCUCGCAGACACAAAACCUUUAUAUGUCCACAUUCUCGUAUUGCUUGCCUAAUAGUAAGUCAAGCAAUUUCUCCGGAUCGCUAAGACUGGGACCUAAGUAUCAACCAGUUCGGAUCAAGACCACCCCAUUGUUAAAGAACCCAAGGAGAUCAUCGCUUUACUAUGUUAACUUGGUUGGGAUUCGUGUCGGGAACAAAAUUGUGGAUAUCCCUACAAGUGCACUUGCCUUUGAUGCUUCCACCGGAGCCGGCACCAUCUUUGACUCCGGAACGGUGUUCACGAGGCUAGUGGAACCAGCUUACGUGGCGGUGAGAAACGAGUUCAGGCGACGUAUCAAGAACGCAAACGCAACAUCACUCGGAGGUUUCGACACUUGCUACUCCGGCUCCGUCGUGUACCCGUCGGUGACGUUUAUGUUCGCCGGAAUGAACGUGACACUGCCUCCGGACAACCUUCUCAUCCACAGCUCCUCCGGUAGCACAAGCUGUCUGGCCAUGGCCGCAGCUCCGAACAACGUAAACUCAGUCCUUAACGUCAUCGCUAGUAUGCAGCAACAGAACCACCGUGUCCUCAUCGACCUUCCCAAUUCCAGGCUCGGCAUUUCCCGUGAAACUUGCACCUAACUUAUACAUCUUUGUGCCAUUGUGUGUGUGUGUGUUUUUUGGGUCGAUUUCGUAUUAUCCCUAUGGUGUUUUAAGCUCUGGACUAUGGAAGCACUAUAAAUUAAUGAUUUUUGUUUUUGAUUGUCAAGUCAAUCUUUCGUAAGUUUUUUUUUUAUCUUUGCUAUUAAUCUUUUCAAACAUAACCGAUUAAUAGAGAAGAAUAAACAUGUGGACC